AGAAAUAUCAGUGGACGGUCGCACCCACAUGCACACAAUCGGUCUUUUUCAUUCUGCCGUCCUCAUCUCCGCUCUCCACCUUUUUUUAACCCAGGAGAACGAAGAAUAGAUGUCGAGCGGAUUUAUUGACCCUAUUUCGUAUCGUCGAAUCUGAUCAGAAAACCAUAAAGCUCAACCAUGAGGCACAGCGGAGUCGCAACAACUGCGCUCGGUUUGUUUGCUUUACCCGGGGCACGUCCGUUUUCUUUUUCUUCAACAGGCACUUAUUCUCCGCAAACGUUUGCUCCUUGUUGCGCUGCCACUAGUCGCAGGAAUUCUGCAACUUGCAACAAUGAAAGCUUUCAAGCAGACGACAUCUCACUCCUCGACUCUAUGCCAGAUCGAGAAUUUAAGACCUCAACCCCGUCGAAGGGAGAUAUUUCAGAGUUAUAUCUUUCCUUGUCGCAUUUUAUUGAUAUGAUGGAUAAAGCUCCACCUGGAACACUGCAAACGGAAGAAAUAAGGCUGCUUAGAGAAAUGAUGGCUUCGAUUGCGGAAGAGAAUGAAGGCCACGUGGAUACUAUGGAGCGGCUGCUCUACCGUAUGAUAAGCGAAUGGGGGGCAGCUACUCAGAAUAUGAGAGACGAUCGAAUCAUUUUGCUAGAACCCAAGCUGGAAGAUUUUUUGCUUGUUUUUAAGGCGUGGCAAGCCACUUUGGAAACGACACUCAGGUCGAAAACAAGUUCCGGGAAACUUAAUACAAAGGGGCUCUCAGUCACGGUUGAGCGUGUGUGGCGGCUUUUUGCGACACAAAAAUCCCUUUUCGAGAAUGGACUGGAAUCUGUCAAACCUGACCAAGAAACCUUUCGUACCGUGCUUUCAGUUUUCUCGGUGUCACGGGAUCGCGGAAUGGACCGCAAGGUGUGGUCGUUGUUUGAAGCGAUGCAAUCUUCCUACGAUGUGGAACCAGACGAAUCAAUUUACAAUUUCGUUAUCCGCUCCUUAGCCAAAAGCCGACAACGCGGGGCCGCCGAACGUGCUGAAAAUCUGCUUCGAGAAGCAGUGAAACAGUAUCCUCCUUGGAUGGACGUGAAAGGUCGUGUCCGCGGGAUGAGCGUCGAAAGCUUCAAUGUAGUUUUGACGGCGUGGGCAAAAAGCGGACUCGAUUACGGAGCUGAGCGUGCCGAAAAAUUGAUCAUUUUUAUGGACGAAGUGGAUUCAGCGAACGGUAGUCCAGGGACCGUGAAGCCCAACAUUUCGAGCUUUACCUCACUCAUCGACGCGUACGCCCAGCAGAGCGAGUGGGAUGGCGUUGCAGCUGCCGAACGUAUUCUCAACCGAAUUUUGGACUUUUAUUUGGAAGGCGAAGCCGAAUUUCAACCUAGUAUUGCUACUUGGACCAUUGUCUUGAGUGGAUGGUCCCGUCUCUCGAGAAAAGGAAAUCGCGGAGCUGCUUCUCGCGCUGACCGGCUUUUGAAAAGAAUCGAGUCAUUGCACCAAGAAGGUCGGAUCGAGUUCGAGCCGGAUGCGAUUGCUUAUGUCACGGUGAUGAACGCUUUUUGCUCGUCAAAGACUCCAGACGGGCCACCUCGCGGGGAAGAUAUUCUGGACGAGAUGAAUGAGCGCUUCAUGGACGGCGACGAUUCGAUGCGACCCAGUGCUAAAUCCGUACGAAUGGUAAUUGACGCAUGGGUUAAAAGCAAUGGCCCUGGUUGCAUGGAGAAAGCCGAACGUGUAUUGGACCGAUAUGAAGAUCAUUUAGCUUCCUCAGGCCCACCAGACGAGCCACAUGGAACUUUUGAAGAUACCACCGAAAUUUAUAAAAUCUUGUUGUUCGGAUGGGCCAAGAAUGGGGAUCCCGAGCGCGCGCAGGACUACUUAUUGGACAUGGUGGACAAAAACAUGCAGCUCGACUCGUUUUGUUUCGACAAAGUGAUUGAGGCUAACACAUUUCUUAACGGACAGGACUCCUUGCAACGCUCGACACAAGUUUUCGAGCUAUUGGAGAAAGCCCGCAAAACAGGAACAAUCAAGCCGAACGAACGUGUGUACACAUCAUAUAUUCGCGCAAUUGCUAAGGCUCGAGUACCAGAUGUGGCUGAAAAAGCCGAUGCUGUUCUGCAACGUAUGCAGGACCUGUUUGCCGAGGGAAACAGGGGGAUUGAACCUACGGUAUUUACGUACAACGCUGUUCUUAUGGCGUGCUCCGAAACCCCUAAUACGGAGAAAGCCAGCAACGCUUCUGCUUUCAAAAUUGCGCUGCGCAUCUUCAACGAAGUUCGAGGCCAACGAAGAGGACCCGAUCACGUGACUUUUGGCAACAUGCUGAGAUGCACGAACCUGGUCCCGAAAGGCGAUCAAAAGGACAAACUGGUCAAGGCCACCUUUCAGCUUUGCUGCAAGACUGGCUGGGUGAACUCGUUCGUCCUACGGGACUUACGCGACGCUGCUUCAGCAGAAUUAUUGGAAUCGCUUUUCUCACAAUCUUUGGACAGUCUUGAUGUGGAGCAGCUACCGGCAAGCUGGCAAAGGCAAUUUGCAAACAAACGAAGGUAG